AUGUCUGUGCUUCUCGUCAGUGAUGAUGUUAACGAUGAUAUUCGUAAUUAUUCGAUAGUUAAUCAACACGAACAUAUAUAUAAACAAUUAAAAGAACUUGAAUACGAUUUAUCAUCGUCAGUAAGAUCAUUUUCUAUUGUCGAACACUCGUUAUCGAUAUUCGGUAAAUCUAAUAAAUAUUAUCGACAACACCGCCGGCGGCGUCGUUGUCGGCCGCAGCAGCAAUGUUUGGUGCAGCAUUUGCUCACCUACAUGUUAACAUUGCUUAUCCUAACCAAUCAUUUACAUUGGCCAGUUAUACUUUUAUCAUUAUCAUCAAUAAAAAUAAUGUCCACACAAGCAUCAACAAUAACAACAACAAACAUUCUAUCAUCGUCGACAUCGCCGAACCAAACAAUAUCAAAACGUCCAUCAUCAGCACCGUCCACAACAAAACUAUCAUACAAAAAGGGCGAACAUCAAUGUCUACCGAUAAAUACAAUACGAAUCGAUCGUAUAUGUUCAAAAGUAUGUCGUGCGCGAAAAACUCCUUUCGAAGACUACGAUAAUAUCAGUCUAAUCUUAGCCGAUACAUAUUAUUUACCGUUCUGUUUAAAUAUUUUAAAUGAAACUCUAGUCAAAGAAAAUUUUUUCACCGAAGCAGCAGAAAACGAAUGUCGACAAAUAUUAACUCAAAUUAAAGCAUCCGAUGACGAAGCUAAAAAAGCCUAUACAGAAUUUGUUACUUAUAUGGAAGCAAUAGACUCACGAUCAGUAGAAAAUCGUUAUUCAAUUAUUAAUGCCGAUUGUGAAGCAGCUUAUCAAACAUGGACUUGUUCAGUUAAAAUUCCAUACUAUUAUCGAAAUCAACGAAUACCGCCUUGCCAAACGAUCUGUGAUGAAGUCGAGCGUGUUUGUCCUACAUUUCGACCCAGUGAUCGUGAACCAUUAUUUGCUGGGCAGCCAUUGUUCUUUUGCGAUGGAAGUAUUGUGACGAAUAGUGAUUAUGGUCAACGGCCUCAUUGUUUUGAUUCAUGCCAUUUAUCGAAUGGUUCACUACGACGCCCUCCUAUCUCCUCAUCACCAUCUAUUCUACCAAUUUUUGCUGAAAAGAUUGUGACUACACCGCCAUGUUUUGAAAUCGAACUGUUAUUGCCUUCUUCAUCGUCACCAUCCGCACAAAUUAUAUCAUCAUCAUUAAUACUUGAUGACGUAUCGAUAUUCAAUAAUAUCAGUAAUACAUCUCUUUCUGCUACAGCUAUAACUAUCAUAUCGUCAUCUUGGUCGUCUAUUAUUUUAACUUUUAUCUUCGUUUUUCAAUGGAAUUAUGAUGACGACUGA